UCACAGACCACGCCCCCGUUCCCCGUCCCCGGAAGCGCGCGCGGCGGGCGGGGCGGUGGCGGGGUUGAGAACAGGCCCCAGCUGAGGAAUACUUCCCUGUGUUCCCUGUGGCCUCUUGACCUGCAGACUGGGAGCAAAUACAGUACAGGAUGUUCCGGCUGCGCUUCCUGCCCGCGGCCGCGGGGCUGGCGGCGGUGGCGCGGCGUUACCGUGGGACGGCCCCGCACCUCGGCUCCCGGCGUAGGCUCCUGGUGGCGGCGUUCCUCGGGACCUCCGCGGCCACAGCGAGCGCCAGAUUCCUUUGGCAGAGGGCCUAUGCAGAAGACUCUGUCAGACAUGGCCCGAGGGCAGAGCCAGGGGAGAAGAUGAAGCACGAGGAGGAGGAGGAGAGCAGCAGCAGCGAGGGCAGGAGGGCAGUGGCGGCGGGCGAUGAGGAGGCGCCGCCGGAAGGGAAGAAGAAGAAGCGCUCCGGGUUCAGGGACCGCAAGGUGAUGGAAUAUGAAAACAGGAUCAGAGCCUACUCCACCCCAGACAAAAUCUUCAGAUACUUUGCCACGCUGAAGGUCAUCAACGAGCACGGCGAGUCCGAGGUGUUCAUGACCCCGCAGGACUUUGUGAGAUCCAUCACCCCCAACGAGAAGCAGCCAGAGAACCUGGGCCUGGACCAGUUCAUAGUGAAACGCUACGAUGGGAAGAUACAGGUUAAGUUUUCAUCUAAAUUAUUAGCUGAGCUCAUCCCCACCCUGCAAUCACAAAUAAUGAAGUUGUCCCAGGAGAGGGAGAAGUUUGCUGACGAGGACAGCAUUUUCUACGCGCUCGGAGAAUGCGGACUCAUCUCUUUCUCCGACUACAUCUUCCUCACCACCGUCCUUUCCACUCCCCAGAGGAAUUUUGAAAUCGCCUUUAAGAUGUUUGAUCUGAACGGUGACGGCGAGGUGGACAUGGAGGAGUUUGAGCAGGUGCAGAGCAUCAUCCGCUCCCAGACCAGCAUGGGCAUGCGCCACCGGGACCGCUCCACCACCGGCAACACCCUCAAAACCGGCUUCAACUCUGCCCUCACCACCUACUUCUUCGGGGCUGACCUGAAGGGAAAGCUCACCAUCUCCCACUUCCUGGACUUCCAGCGCAAGCUGCAGCACGACAUUCUGAAGCUUGAGUUCGAGCGGCACGACCCGGUGGAUGGGCGGAUCACCGAGCGGCAGUUUGGGAGCAUGCUGCUGGCUUACAGCGGGGUGCAGUCCAAGAAGCUCACUGUCAUGCUCAAACAGCUCAAGAAGCACUUCCAGGAUGGAGAGGGGCUGACUUUUGAGGAGGUGGAGAACUUCUUCACCUUUCUGAAGAACAUAAAUGAUGUGGACACAGCUUUGAGCUUCUACCACAUGGCUGGAGCUUCUCUUGAUAAAGUGACCAUGCAGCAGGUGGCCAGGACGGUGGCCAAGGUGGAGCUGUCGGACCACGUGUGCGACGUGGUGUUCGCGCUCUUCGACUGCGACGGGAACGGGGAGCUGAGCAACAAGGAGUUUGUUGCCAUCAUGAAGCAGCGCCUGAUGCGAGGCCUGGAGAAGCCCAAGGACAUGGGCUUCACACGGCUCAUGAGGGCCAUGUGGAAAUGUGCCCAGGAGACAGCGUGGGACUUCACAGCUCCCAAGCAGCAGUAGCAGGGUUGGGAAGGAGCACCCCCAUUCCCUGGAUCAGCCCAUGGGCACAGCAGGGUGGCACCAGGCUCUGGAGAGGCUGUGCCAGGAGGAUUUUGUCAAUCCAAGUUAGAAAUCCACGCCUGCUGUAUUUGCUUGCUGCUGGCUCCUCCGUCUUCCUCUCUCUCAGGAACAAGGAAAGGACUUUUACUGCCACCCCCUCCGUGGCAUGGUGUCCCCUGCUCCAGAGCUGGACCCCAAAUCACCUUUAUUUAACGCUAUGAAAAAAUGGCAUGGGGGGUUCUUUUGAUUCUCAGCCUGCUCCUGGGAAAAGCCAGGCAAUUCCUGGAUUUCAGCCAGCCAAAAGCUGCACCUGCUGCAGAAGGGCAGCUAAAAGCAGUGCAGCUCUCCUGCCCUUCCUGCCUUGCACCAGCAUCCUGCAGCAGGAGCUCCCCAAGUGAUUUCCUGAGUGGGGAAUUGUCCCGGGGAGGGGCUGGCAGUGGUUUGUCCUCUGUAAAAUACCAUGUAAAGAUGUUGCUCCCAGCA